GCCCCGAUGAGUAACUCCCGCAACAACCGGGUGAUGGUGGAGGGGGUCGGCGCCCGCGUAGUGCGCGGCCCAGACUGGAAGUGGGGCAAGCAGGACGGCGGCGAGGGCCAUGUGGGCACUGUGCGGAGCUUCGAGAGCCCGGAGGAGGUCGUGGUGGUGUGGGACAACGGCACAGCCGCCAACUACCGCUGCUCUGGGGCCUACGACCUGCGCAUCCUGGACAGCGCGCCGACCGGCAUCAAGCAUGAUGGAACUAUGUGUGAUACUUGCCGCCAACAACCAAUCAUUGGCAUUCGAUGGAAAUGUGCAGAGUGUACAAAUUAUGAUUUGUGCACCGUUUGUUAUCAUGGAGAUAAGCACCACUUACGGCAUCGCUUUUAUAGGAUCACUACACCCGGAAGUGAACGGGUUCUGUUAGAGUCUCGUAGAAAAUCUAAGAAGAUUACAGCCAGAGGAAUCUUUGCAGGUGCCAGAGUGGUACGAGGAGUGGACUGGCAGUGGGAAGAUCAAGAUGGGGGCAAUGGGCGUAGAGGAAAGGUAACAGAAAUCCAAGACUGGAGUGCAUCAAGCCCACACAGUGCAGCAUACGUUCUCUGGGAUAAUGGUGCUAAGAACCUUUACAGAGUUGGCUUUGAGGGCAUGUCUGAUCUGAAGUGUGUCCAGGAUGCCAAAGGAGGUUCUUUCUACAGAGAUCAUUGCCCUGUGUUAGGUGAGCAGAAUGGCAACAGGAAUCCUGGUGGAUUGCAGAUUGGUGACCUGGUAAAUAUAGACCUUGACCUAGAAAUCGUACAGUCUUUGCAGCAUGGUCACGGAGGAUGGACUGAUGGGAUGUUUGAGACUUUAACUACAACUGGAACUGUCUGUGGCAUUGAUGAAGAUCACGACAUUGUAGUGCAGUAUCCAAGUGGCAAUAGGUGGACCUUCAAUCCUGCUGUUCUCACUAAGGCAAACAUUGUCCGAAGUGGGGAUGCUGUACAGGGUGCAGAAGGAGGCAUCUCACAGUUUCAAGUGGGUGAUCUUGUGCAAGUUUGUUAUGAUCUGGAAAGAAUUAAACUUCUCCAAAGAGGACAUGGUGAAUGGGCUGAAGCAAUGCUUCCAACUUUAGGUAAAGUUGGCCGAGUACAACAGAUUUAUUCAGACAGUGAUUUAAAGGUGGAAGUUUGUGGAACUUCUUGGACAUACAAUCCUGCAGCAGUUUCCAAGGUGGCUUCUGCAGGAUCUGCCAUUAGCAAUGCAUCUGGUGAAAGACUCUCACAGCUUCUGAAGAAAUUAUUUGAAACUCAAGAAUCUGGUGACCUCAAUGAAGAACUGGUUAAGGCUGCUGCCAAUGGGGAUGUGGCUAAAGUGGAAGAUUUGCUGAAAAGACCAGAUGUGGAUGUGAAUGGGCAGUGUGCUGGCCACACAGCUAUGCAGGCUGCUAGUCAAAAUGGACAUGUUGAUAUUUUGAAGUUACUUUUGAAACAAAAUGUAGAUGUAGAAGCAGAGGAUAAGGAUGGAGAUCGAGCUGUUCACCAUGCAGCUUUUGGAGAUGAGGGUGCUGUUAUCGAAGUCCUGCACCGAGGCAGCGCCGACCUGAAUGCUCGUAAUAAGCGUAGGCAGACUCCUCUGCAUAUCGCGGUCAAUAAAGGUCAUCUUCAGGUUGUGAAGACGCUCUUGGACUUUGGCUGUCAUCCCAGUCUCCAGGAUUCUGAAGGUGACACCCCUCUCCAUGAUGCCAUAAGUAAGAAGCGGGAUGACAUCCUGGCAGUUCUUUUGGAAGCUGGAGCAGAUGUGACCAUCACAAACAACAAUGGGUUCAAUGCCCUGCAUCAUGCUGCACUGAGAGGAAAUCCCAGUGCAAUGCGUGUUUUACUCUCAAAAUUACCAAGACCAUGGAUUGUGGAUGAGAAGAAAGAUGAUGGUUAUACUGCCUUGCACCUGGCUGCUCUGAAUAAUCAUGUGGAAGUGGCUGAACUGUUGGUACAUCAGGGAAAUGCAAACCUGGAUAUCCAGAAUGUGAACCAGCAAACAGCCCUACACCUUGCUGUUGAACGGCAGCACACCCAGAUUGUUAGGCUUUUGGUCCGUGCAGGUGCUAAGCUAGACAUUCAGGAUAAGGAUGGAGAUACCCCUUUGCAUGAGGCUUUAAGGCAUCAUACUUUGUCUCAGCUACGCCAGCUACAAGACAUGCAAGAUGUGGGGAAAGUAGAUGCUGCCUGGGAGCCAUCAAAAAACACAUUAAUAAUGGGACUUGGUACCCAGGGAGCAGAAAAGAAGAGUGCAGCAUCUAUUGCCUGUUUCUUGGCAGCCAAUGGUGCCGACCUCAGCAUUCGAAAUAAGAAGGGUCAAUCUCCACUGGAUCUCUGUCCUGACCCAAGUCUCUGCAAAGCGCUGGCAAAAUGUCAUAAGGAAAAAGUCAGUGGCCAAGUUGGUUCUCGGAGUCCUUCUAUGAUUAGCAAUGAUUCUGAAACCUUAGAGGAAUGUAUGGUGUGCUCAGACAUGAAGAGAGAUACUCUUUUUGGUCCCUGUGGACACAUUGCGACUUGUUCUUUGUGUUCCCCACGUGUCAAGAAAUGCCUCAUCUGUAAAGAGCAGGUCCAGUCCAGGACAAAGAUUGAAGAAUGUGUGGUGUGCUCUGACAAGAAAGCAGCUGUUCUCUUUCAACCUUGUGGACACAUGUGUGCUUGUGAGAACUGUGCCAACCUGAUGAAAAAAUGUGUGCAGUGCCGGGCAGUGGUUGAACGAAGGGUGCCUUUCAUCAUGUGCUGUGGUGGGAAGAGUUCGGAAGACCCCUCUGAUGAUGUCUCAAGUGGAACUAUUCCAGUGCUGCAGAAGGACAAAGACAACACCAAUGUCAAUGCAGAUGUACAGAAGCUGCAGCAGCAGCUGCAGGACAUCAAGGAGCAGACAAUGUGCCCUGUGUGUCUGGAUCGUCUGAAGAACAUGAUUUUCCUCUGUGGCCAUGGAACAUGCCAGCUCUGUGGAGACCGAAUGAGUGAAUGCCCAAUUUGUCGCAAGGCAAUUGAACGGAGGAUUCUUUUAUAUUGACUAAGAGACACAGUGUGUUGUUAGUUGAAGUAUGUGAUCAUGAGAUCUUAGUAGGUUCUAAAGCUAGUGGGAAGUUUAAUAUAAUGGGCUAAUUUGAAAUUGCAUAAUUUUGUAUUAGAAUGUAAUUAGACUGUAUAUGUACCACCAUCACAACAAAAACAUCAUACAGUGUUUGAAAUUGCCGAUUAGUGUGUGUGUAUGUGUGUGUACCUGUCUAUCUGUGUUUUCCUCUUAAAUUUGGAACAUCAAAUACAUGGUAAUUCAUAAAAAAAUUUGUUUUUGGCUUCAAAGGGAAAAUCUUUUAAGGAUCUCCUUUCACAUUUGUUUUUAUUGUGUUUUUCUUUUUAAAUUUAUACAUAUACUAAACCUUAAAAGAGACAAGAUCAAUAUUCCUUCAGGAUUUUGUUUGUCAUGAUUUCACAUGGUGAAAUGACACAGCUAUUCCAAAAAGUAAGGUGAGUGGGCAAGUAAAACUAUGUCAUAUGUGUUAAAUAAUAAAAGUAUAACAGAGAUGCCACGUGACUGAGGAUUUCAAAAUAGUUAGAAAUUACCCAAGGGAUAGCUUUAGAAGUAAGUAACCGGAAGUAUGUGCUAAGAGAAUGAUGACUUUACCUUAUUUUCUAGAAUAAAAAGGAAAAUUAACUAGAUUAAAUAAAUAACCAGUUUCAAAAUCAGCAGUAGACAUGAAAAGGAAAAACAAAGUUCUAGCAAGAAUCGAAGGCUGGUACAGAAUGAUGCAAGCACACAUCCUGCCUGAUCGUGACCACUGCACUCCUUGUAUUAGCUUGUCACUAUUUAGACCAGCCAUUUGCAGAAAAAAAGCCUAUGAGAAAGUAAUUUUCAUUUUCCCUGACAACUGACCCGGGCUUGAUCUAAUCAGGGCACACACACUGUUUGUGCCUCUGAGAUCUGCUCAGCAGGCCGAUGAAUUGUUAGAGACAACAAUCUUUUCUUCUGUGCCUGUUAUUCUGACAGUGUUAGGAUUCUAUCUUCAUCAAAAGCCUUACUUCUACUCUUCUACUCUCUCAGUAAUUUUUGCUAUAAAGAACAUAGUUUUUCUUUAUACCUGCAGAUGAAUAUUCUUUAAACUGCCAACAAUAACUAAGAUACAAUAAAUAGCUUAAUAUCAGAUACUUAGAAAAGGGUGUAGGGGCAUUUAUGGAAAAGCAUGUGAAUACAUGUAGAUUUGGUAGGGGGAAUUAAACAUUUUAUCUCCUUUAAUGAGUAAUUUUUGUAUCUAGCUUAAAUAUAUGAGUGUUUCAAGAUUCCUUACUGCUAGAUUAUAAAAAAAAAAACCAGCUGUUUACAGUAGUGUCUACUAUAGACUAGUGCAUAAGUAUAUAUUCUUUUAGUGUUCUUUGGGGAUAGAUUUUUCUCACAUUUGAGUCUGGCUAGCUUAAUUCUAUUUAUCUGCUGUAGCAACUAAAUGUGGGCAAGCAGAGUGUCCAGCCUGGUUGCAUUUUGUUGCUGGUGGUUUACCUGCCACUGCCUUUGCCAGGCCUCAUGGUGUGCUGGCUGUGUUGCAGACCCAACAGUCCCAUACUGUGUUUAGCUGAGGAACUGCUAUAUUUUUCUCUUUUGUUUUUGAGAUAGUGUCUCACUAUGUAUUCCAAGUUGGCCUGGAACUUACUGUGUAGCUCAGGCUGGCCCCAAUCUCAUGAUCUUCCUGCCUCUGCCUUCCAGUUGUGGGAUUAUAGGAUGGGGACCCCACCAUGUCCAACAACUGUUAAUCAUUUUGGACAGUACACCUUUUGUUAGUUUCAAAUUAGGAAUGUUUUGUUGUGACUCUAUUUAGCUACAUAGUUGAGAACCAAUGAGGUCAUUUUCUAAGUAUAAUUUGAAGUUAAGAAAAGAUAAUCUGAUGAUGCAAUGUUUACAUUCAGAGACAGAUUGUCUUCAUGCAGACUUGGAAAUAGCAGAAGUGAGGAUCUUUUCUUCCUUGCCAUAGGCUUCCCAUUGGAUAAUGAAGGAUGGCUGCUGCACACAGUCUGCCAAUCCAAGAACCUGUGGGCCACAGCUGCAUCUCAUUUAAGUCCUUUUCUUCUGUCCCUUGAGCUGCAGUGCUAAAGCUUGUGUUUGUAAGGGGGUAGGCCUUCCUGCUAGCUCCUAGCUGUCUCCUCCAUGGUAGAGCACAACACACUAACUUCUAUGAGAGAAGCCAUAAAAGUCUCUAGUGUUGGGACCUUUGGAUUUCUCUUCGUCACUUGGCUGUUUAUUUUACGAAUAGAAGAUGUUCUUCUAUUCAUGUCUUCGGGCACCUAAAAUUAUUGUAAAUUUGCUUGGAUUUGCAAGAACAAGGACUAAAUCAUGCCAGUGACUUCUCCUCAAUCUCUGAAACUGCUACCUACCUCUUAGUCUCUUCAUAGUACUUGGCCCAUUGGGUGUCUCUUCUUCUUGUUACUCAGCCCUCUCUCCCUGUGCCUCAGAGCAACUCUGACUUCCCUUUUGCAAUGACAUGCAUUCUUUUUUUUUUUUUUUUAAGCAUUGGGCUUUAGGGCCUUGAUAGGAAAAAACGUCAGUGUCUUAGCACACUCAGAGUUCACACUGCAGUUGUUUGUGUUGUUUGUGGACAGAACCAGGGUCCUGAGGCACCGUUCCUACUGUAGUUCCUACAGUAGUGUUCCUACUGGUGUUUCAAGGGAAGCAGUGUUGGGAAUCCUUUUCUGUACUCCCUUGCCCCACCACAUUUUCACCUUUCUUCAGCUCAGACUUCUUCACUCUGAAUACAUACAGCUUACCAGAUGGUGCUAGCAGAGUUGCACUUAUUCACAUAGUUUAACAUCUUAUCUGUGCUGUAUACAUACAUAAUUUUAUUGGGAGCAAGGUUUUCAAGAGAGAUAGUUUUUUAUUAGUAUAAGAGUAUUAAACUAGGCAAAUGUUUAGUUGCCUGAAUUAUGCUUAAGGUAUUUGUAAUUUAAUAAUGGCAAAUUAACCGGAAGUCUACUGAAACAUAAAAUUAACUGGAAAUAACUUCCUAAAUUUAUAUUUUUGCUGAUUUUAGUCUGCAAUAGCAUUUUAUUUUAGAAUGCUGAAAUGCAUGCUGCUUAAAAUUUGUCUAAUUCAAAACUCAAACCUUGCUGGGUCAUUUUUACACAUGGGAACAUCUUGGCUAGUCAUAUGUUUCCUGAUGGAUGUUCUUUGUUUAUUUUGUAUUCUGGACACUUUUGAACUAGGCAUAGUUAAACUUGUGACUAAGACAGAGCUGGGUGGAGCAAAGCUGGUUUGGUACUGCAAAUAGGAAACAAAUAGUAACCACAGAGAAAAGGAAUAUCAUGUGCGAUUUACUUCAGCCUUGGUGGAGAGGGCAUAUUUAACUGAAACAUAAAAGGCAUCUAUUAGGUCAGAUUUCAUGCGUCUUGACAGUUGUUUUGUAAAUUACAGAUUUUAAUACAGCUUGCUUUUUUAAGGUCUAAAAACAUUUAUCCUUUUAAAGUGUCUGAAAUGUUUAUAGUAGUAAUUUGUAUUAAAAACUGACUCACAUGAUACUUGUUUGGGAUUUUUUUAAAUUGCAGUAAGAACCACAUAUAUAGUUUGUUGUCCUGCCCGCUUCUAAAUGUGCAGUGCAGUGGGUGUCACUUCCACUCGCUCGGCUGGGAAACAGGUGUGGACCUUUAUCCUGCACAGUUGAAAUGCCACACAUCAUAUACUCCCUUCCUUUUUUUCUUUUUGCAGUAGGGUUCUGAGUACAUAGAAAGCUAGCAUUCAAGUGACUGAGUAGAAUUGCUUGUGUUUGCAAGAUCUAAACUUAGGUAGAUAUCAGGUUUCUGAAAUUUGAGGGAAGGGCGUCUCUCCCCUGCUGUAAUUGUUACUUCUACAUGUACGUUAAUUGAAAGUGUUUAUAAUUUUAUUUUGAGCCAGAGGGGGCAAAAUACAUUUAGAUAUGAGAAAUAAGUUAGCUUUGGUUUUGUACUAAAUUGGGAAGAAAAUAGAUUUUCAUAAGUAAUUUGUGCCUUGUUGUAAGUGUCACUCGUCAUUGAGUCUUACCUGUCACAGUUUCGGAAUACAUUUUUCUUUCAAAAUGUCGCUUAAUUUAACUUGUUUGACUGUCACAUAGGAAUGCUUACUUACAUUACUUGGCAAUCGUAUAAUACCUUUUGACUUUAACACACACACACACAAUUGCAGUAUUGAUAAUUACAGUUGUAUGUCUUUAAACAUUAAAUGUGAGGAAGCUGUUUAAUGUCUCAUGCAUAUGUUGCUUUACUGCAAUGAAGAAGAACUCCUUUGCUUCAGUGGCUGAUUUAGUAGCUAGUAGUGGGGUCAAAUCACAGCAUAAAAAUAUGAGUGGAUAGUUAAUAAAGUUAAGUUGCUAUUUUGACAUUUUCUACCUCCUUUUCUAUCAGAAUAUUGCCCCCAACCCCAGCAUCUCAUCUUGUUUGUGGGUAAAAUGGAAGUAACCUGAGUUUAAAAUUAGAUUUUCUGUUUUUGAGAACUUAAGCAAUAGGUACAGGAAAAGGGACCUGUCGCAUUAAUUUGGUGCCUGAAUCUAAAAGUAUGAAUUGAUGUGUGCAAACUGUCUAAGAAGGUUAAUAGUGCUGAGUUAUUUGAAUUGUCCUAUAUAGUUCUCUGGCUUUUAUCUCAUAAACAUGGCUUCUUUCCUCAAAAGCAAAGUGGUCUUCUAAUUUUUUAUGAAAUAAGCAAAUAUGCCAUUUUGUCUUGAGUAUACAGUUUCAGGAAGCUACUGAAAGUUCUGACUCAGGGCUUUUUAACAGUUUAAGCAAUUAUUAAUAUAUUUUGGAAACUCCAUCUGCAUAAUUCGUCAGUGCCUUGAAAGAAUUACUAACUUGGCAACACUUAAAACCUUGUAGUAGGCAACUUUUAGUGCACUGGGCCAUGAUAUGGAUGUUCCUAAUCAUAGAGCUUAACACGUGUGACAGCGGCUCUGCAUGUGCACAUGAUACGCACGUUCUUGUCAUAUGGCCAAGUGUGUGCGGCAAUGGCUCUGCUUGUGUGCUGUGCUGGGUUUGCGUAAUUCUUUAAGGGAAGUGUUCUACAUUUGCACUUGAUAUCUGGUUUUUGCUUCUGUUUUUUAAAAAACUGAUUAUUCAAGGCCGUGGCACUGUUUUAAAAAAUAGUGUUUGCUAUGAGUAUGCAAAGUCACCUUAAAUAACUGUUGGGGAAAGGGAAGAACACACACACUUGGUGUCUGGUACAAAAAGAGGGUGAGUCUGGGAAGCAGAUCAUCUUCCUCUCAAGUGGAAACCAGACCAGGCGAAACCCUUUGUUUAGUGGUUCAAGUAAAAACAUUAGUGAAAAGAAAAUCAUGAAUUGCAUGUCAUUCUUAAUGCUGAUAUGUAGACUAAAUGCACGUUUUUCUGUCUCCUUCAGUAUAUGUCUGCCAUUCCAAAUACAGUAUAUUCAAAAAGGAGAAAGCAGGUUGACUCAGAAGUGUUUUACUUUUUAUUUUUUCCAGUUCUUCUUAGCUUUCAAUGUUGGAAUAAAUUUAAAUCUUGUUUAUGGAUAAAAUUUCUGUAUGGAAAAUUAUUCUUGCUUAGUUUUGUUUAAAAAGUGCUUAGUAGUAACUAAGCUUUUUAAAAUAAAUGCAAACAUUUACCAUUAAUAAAA